UUUGACAUUCUCAGAUCAGCUCCUAAUCCUCGGCAGCCGAGCAGCAGAUUGAGGCUGUUUGUGUGUCAGUUGCUCUUUUUCCCAGUACUUUCCAGUUAUCGCUGGCUUCCUGGAAGGAGAUGGUGUCGAGGGGAAUCCAGCAGGCAGAAAGGAGACAGCAGAGCGCUGUGGCUUGGAGUCUCGCAGGCACACAGGCGAAUCAGGGGCCAGAAGCGGGUGCAUCAGGUUCCUGCAGCAUGGUCGCGGCCGGAACUCUUCCUCCGGAGGAUCGAUCGCCUCCGCUGCCCCGCUCUCCGUGCGUUUGCCCUCUGGACCCCACGACGCCGUGCCAACACUCACCUACGCUCCGCUCACACACACGCGCGCGCGCGCGCGCGCGCGCUGUGGCAAUCCCGCCCGCCGCUAUUUAUCCCACGGGGAAAGCUGGGAGCGCGAGGACCAGCCCGGGGCUUCGGAGAGCGCGUGCUGGGAGGACUGGGAGGCAGAAGGAUGAUUUGGAAAGCAGUGGCAGGUGGACUGCUGGUAGCCGUCUGCCUCGCGGGGCGGAGAGCUGACGGACAGGGGAACGGUAAAAAAAAGGUAUCUGGGGAUUCAAUCAUCUACCUCGGCCAGGAGAGAAACCCCUGGAGUCCGCUGAUCCGCACCACAGCCAACCUCUCCGAGAUCCGCAGCAUCAAGUCCACCUUUCAGUUCCGGACCUUUGACCCCGAAGGGGCGAUUUUCUACGGAGACACCAAAAAUGGAGAGGACUGGUUUGUGUUGUCCCUGAAAGAAGGGUUCCCCCUCAUGCAGAUCAGCAAAGAAGACGUACAAGUCAGCGUGACAGGGGGUCCGAAGCUCAACGAUGGGAAGUGGCACACGUUGGUUGUGAGCAACCGGGGAAAGUUUGUCAUUCUGGAGGUGGACGGCCUGCCUGGACUGGUUGUGGGAAUGCACUCCAAACAGACAAAGGAGGUCAUUUCUGGUCAACUUCGAUUGGCCCUUGGUGGGAUCCUGACCAGCAAGGACAAGUUGAUUGUUGAGUUUGAGCCACAGAUGGACGGCUGCGUGCGCGAAGGCCACUGGCUGAACCUCAGCAUGCCCUGGGAGGCCGACGCCGACGAGCUCUGGCUCUGCCAUCAGAACAUCCAACCUGGCAGCUUUUUCGCUGGCGAAGGAAUCACCAUUUUCAACACCUCAGUUUUCCAAACGAUCAAAGAUGUUGGCUUCAGAGUUGAGUUUUGGGGGGACUUCACUCAGAUGGAGGGAACCAUUCUGAGCAUCAUGUCUUCACAAGGAGAGCUGCUGGCAGUCGUGGACGCCAAUAAUAACACGAAUGAGAUUAGUUUCACCAUCGGGAAGCAACAACACGUUCUGACAAACGCUAUGAAGCAGCUGAGGAUUACGUUUUUGGAGAAUGUGGUGAAAGUGGUUCAAUUUUUCGAUGACGUGAGUGGAGCGACGUUUUCUUACGAUCCAUUGAGUGCCCCCGAAUAUCUGACGGAGCUGAGAGAGGGCCGUCUCGCUAUUGGAGGUCUUCUAGGUGGCAUUAAAGAUAUGGUUGGGUCCAAUUUCCUCCGAGGAUGUUUGGAGAAGAUCAAAAUCCAGCAGAAGGAUUUGGAUCUGGAUUCGGCCAUCAAAGACAUGUCAGCUUCUUCACACAGCUGCCCGGUGUAGAAAACAUGCAUCGGGCUGGAGGAGGACAAGAUGUCGGCUGUUAAGGACUUCAUGUGUCUCUAGUUCAUAAAAAUAAUAUGAUUGAUAACUGUUUCCAUAGUAUUGUGAUUAAUUGCUAAAGAAAAUAACUGAUUUGUCUAAGUACAAAUCAGAAUAACAGACAAAAAGUAUGUAAAUGAUAGAAAUAAAAAAAUCACCAACCUAAGACACUAACAAUAUGCAGCUACAAAGAGAUGCGCUGUUUAACAAGCUUGUGGCAUGACUAAAAUUUAACAACCAAACAAACAAAAAUAUACUUAAAUAUAAAGUACAUCAUAGCUUGAUGUAAGCAAUCACACAAGAGGCCAUAAGUCAAAUUUAUCUAAUCGGGCAUGAUUUGGAAAAAUAAAUAAAAAGUAAAAAAAAAUGUUGAAAGGUACCAAAAAGUGGUUCCUAGGUAAUUUUACUUGCAGCAGAUACUUUGCAGAUGCUAUACAAAUUCACAAAUGAUCUGUGCACGACUUCUUGCUGCUUUGCGUCUCAUCCAGUCUCAGGAGCCGGUCGCCUUAUAAGCUGUCCACUACAUUUUUCGGUAUUUUUCCACCACACAACAUUCAGAGCGCCGAGGUUUUAUCGUGCAUAACUCAGUUCUCUUACCAAUUAACCUUAAUAUGUACCUAAAUAAUUGCCAUUUAAAUCUUCAAUAAAUUAAAAAAAUAAAUGGA